GACAAAAGGAGGAGUUUUCUGAUAGGAACCAUGAAUAUAACGGGAGACAAUACAGCAACAAUACAGUUCAAUACAAGAGGGUUAGGAAGGCCUGAUCCUGGGAGCUUACAAUCUAAGAGAUCUGUGUAUGUAUACAUUUUUAGCAGAUCUUUCCCCUUACAGCUCACACAGACCCCCUUAUCAUGACGGUAAUCCAGGGGGGGACUGACCAUUUGGAAACUCGGGCACUGCCCGAGGGCCCAGGGUCAGUAGGGGGCCCCAUGAGAUGUCCCUGGUACCUUUUUCAUAGGCUUUUUUGAGUUUGGGCAAGGACACAGGGGCCCCAUGAUCCCCUAUUGCCCGGGGGGCCCAU